AUAUUUUUUUUCUUCUAGUUACUGUUUCUGGAAAAGGAGAAAAUGUUACUGUUUCUGGAAAAGGAGAAAAUGGAAAGACCGUUGUUUACCUUGUGGCUUUCCAUCUGUUCUUUGUUAUGUUUGUAUGGUCCUAUUGGAUGACAAUAUUCACAUCUCCCGCUAGCCCCUCCAAAGAGUUCUACUUGUCAAACUCUGAAAAAGAACGUUAUGAGAAGGAGUUCAGCCAAGAAAGACAGCAAGACAUUUUGAGAAGAGCCGCCAGAGACUUGCCUAUCUAUACCACAUCGGCUUCAAGAGCUAUCCGAUACUGUGAAAAAUGUCAGUUGAUUAAACCUGAUCGGGCUCAUCACUGCUCUGCGUGUGACAGAUGUGUUCUUAAGAUGGAUCAUCACUGUCCAUGGGUGAAUAACUGUGUCGGAUUUACUAAUUACAAAUUCUUCAUGCUGUUUUUGUUGUAUUCCCUACUAUAUUGCCUUUUUGUGGCUGCAACAGUUUUAGAGUAUUUCAUAAAAUUUUGGACGAAUGAACUGAGAGAGUCACGUGCCAAAUUCCACGUACUUUUCCUUUUCUUUGUGUCUGCAAUGUUCUUCGUCAGUGUGCUCUCACUAUUUAGCUACCAUUGCUGGCUAGUUGGAAAAAACAGAACAACAAUAGAGUCUUUCCGUGCACCUAUGUUUUCUUAUGGAAUAGAUGGAAAUGGUUUUUCUCUUGGAUGUAGUAAAAAUUGGAGACAAGUCUUUGGUGAUGAAAAGAAAUACUGGCUAGUUCCAGUAUUUUCAAGCUUGGGUGAUGGCUGCAGUUUUCCAACACGCCUUGUGGGGAUGGAUCCAGAACAAGCUUCUGUUGCAAACCAGAAUGACUAUGCCAGAAGUACUGGCUCAAAUCAACCUUUUCCUAUCAAACCACUUAGUGAAUCAAAAAACCGUUUGUUGGACAGUGAAUCUCAGUGGCUAGAGAAUGGAGCUGAAGAAGGAGUCACCAGAUCAGGGACAAAUAACCAUGUUACAGUGGCAAUAGAAAAUUGAGUACUACUUGUUCAUAACUAACCAUUUGAUGAGUGCAAGGUAUAUAAAAACACAUUUUGGACUAUUUUCAGUUUUAUUUGCAAGAAAAAUGAUCGGUGGAAUGAAAUAAUUGAAGUAUAACAGAAGAUAUAUUUUUUAAAAGGAAGAGUUUGUACAGUUUGCUGGAUCCACAGAAGCACUAUGGAGCAGAAAGAUGCCUUAAUUUUUAGUGUCCAUUUGUGCAGCAUUGCCUCACACCUCAAAAGUGACUUAAUUUUCCUUUGGAAAUAACACCUGUCUUGAGAUGCUAUCCUCACAUGUUAACAUGGCAUUUGUAUUUCUAACAACUGAGUUAAAAACAAUAGUUAUUUCUUAGUAUCCACAUAGAUUUUUCACCCCAAAAACAAACUAAAAAGUUGUCUUCGGUGAAGUAAAUCUAGGGCAAAUGGUGGCUAAAAAUGACAUCCAAACCACUGAUUGUUGCGCUAUAUAAGGGAAAGAAAACACUGCUUUUUUUUUUUAUUAGAUGUUUACUAAUUUAUAAUUACUGUUUUAUACUUUUCAACAUUUUAAUAAAGUUUUUUUAUUAUUGGUUAUGAAAUAACACUCAGAAGGAUUCAGAUACCUAAAUAUAAUAAUUUAGAACAUUGAAGAUGUUGAUAUAAUUCAGUGAAGUUUUAGUUAGAAGCAUUAUAAUGCAAGCCAGUGGCACACACCUGUAAUCCCAGCGCUUAGGAGGCUGAGGCAAGACUGCUGUCAGUUGAGUCUUGCCUAGGUCACAUAGGGACUGUGUCCAAAGAGCAGAGCACAAGAAGCACUAAUAGGGUGUAGUGUGUGCCCAAGGCUCAGAAGAAACAUGGUAGUAAAAGAGGUAUUUUGGGUACUCUCCGCUCUUUGAUUACUAUUUCUUGAAUUUUCAGGGGAAUUUAUAUGGGCAUGGAAGCACAGAAGUUCACGAGCUAUACACGGAUCCAACACAGUAUGAUGAAUAGGUGGAAGUGGCUAAAGAAAAGAGAGAAAGGUAGAAGGAAUAUUUUAAACAGUGAAACAGAUUCUCAGCCAUAAAAGUAUGUAAGCUACAAAAUGCUAAUGAACAGACUUUCAGUUUAGGUGAUGUCUAAAAGUUACUGUGGUACUUUACAAUAAUCCUAUAACAGCUUAAACAGUGGCUGAAAAUGCACUUUAGAUGAAAGUGAAAUAAAUAAAACAAAUUCCCAGUCUUGGGCUGGAGAAAUGUUUCAGUAGAUAAAGGCACUUGCUCCCACACCUACAAUCUGAGAUCAGCCACAUGGUGGAAGGAGAGAACCAAUUCCCACGAGUCUCCUGACGUUCACAUGUGCUCUCUGGUGCACACAGACACUACUUUUAAAUUCUGAGACUCUUGACGCAUGUGAAAAAGUCUGACUCCCUAACAGUCACCUGUUGACUUUAACAGGAAUGGUUGUUAUCAGGAGACUAGUCCAGUGUUCUAUAGAAAGACAAUGUAGAAAUGCUGGUCUCAGUUUAGACUGAGACCAGCAGAGAGAAGUCGCACUCAAAUGUGCAGGUACUGGACUAUAUGGGUCUGUACACCUGUGGUGUCUGUACACACAGUGUAAAGGAGAGCGCAUCCUGGGUGAAUUGGACUACAGGACUCCCUAUAUUCCCCAAUAUUGAAGUGUGCAAAACAACCUUGCUUUUCAUUUAUCCACCAAGUGUCUGUGAAAUCCUCUGUGUAUCAGACAUUAUACUAUAGAUAAUGCUGUGGUUUUCCAGUCCUGCAAAGAUGAAGAUACCUUCUAUUCCAACUUUGCAAUUUGUGGAAUUGAUGGAAUUCUCAAAACUAAAUAAAAGACAAUGAAUUAAGAGUUACAAAUUACUACUAGGCAUGCUGGUACACACUGGUAGUCUCAACACUUGGGAGCCUAAGGCAAGAAAGUCAAGUUUAUUCUCAGCUUUGUAGUGAGUUCAAAAGUAGCCUUUGCUACAUGAAACCCUCUGUGAAAAAACCAGGAGAGAAAUAUCAAUUACCAACCAAAAAUACAACCUCAAUUUGGUAGUUUGCAUGCUGCUUUUAGAAGUAACCCAGUCUUUCUGUUUCUGUCUUUAGAUCAAGGGAUUUGCAUGCACCUAGCACAGUUUGCCCCCUUAACAUGCUAUCAUGUAGAAGUAUCAUCUUACUGAGUUGUUAUCAUUUGUUUAUUAGCAUAGUAAACUUUUUAGGUUUUGGCUUUGGUAGCCUUUAUAGCCAUCAUUUUUUUUUUUUUUUCCAAUCUAAAAUAUUUACCUGGUUCUUGUUUUGUUUUGUUUUUUGUUUUAGUACUGGGGAAUCAAGCCCAGGGCCUUGUGCAUAGUAGGCAAGUCCUUUACCACUGGUCCAGGCUGAAUAUGUUCAUACAUAUUAGUGGCCAUUCAUUAGGGGCCAAGAAGUGGUAUGGGAGCCAAGGAAGGCUGGCUCUUCAGUAUUUCAACUGGCAUUGAGUCUACUGUCUGCUGGGGAGACCAGGUCAAAAAUUAAGCUUUGCCAAAAUUUCAAACACUUGAACAUUUGUAAAAAAAUUAAAUAAAAUAAAGUUGAAUUUCAGGUCUUGCCCUUGCCAUUAAAAACAUCAGACAGGAGACUUGGUUUGCUGGGUACAGAGGUACCUGACAUUCAGUACCUGUGGCACCUGGCCACUGUCACUGUGCCAACCAAAGCAGCUGCAGUACACCAGCUAUUGAAAUGAACAUGUUUACAAAGUUGAGUUUUCUCCUCACAUAAGAAUGAUUUUUUAAAAACUUUUUACAUAGUGGUUAUGAUUCAAUGUCUUAUGAGCAUAACAGGUCAGCUUACAUAAAUAUAUGGUGUUUUACUUGAAUUUUAAUUCUUAGAGAAAGCAGAUUUUGACUGUUUACAGGAAUGCUUGAGAUGAGUCGUGAGCCCUCCCGUUCUCUCUGAAUCAAACCUAUAUUAAGGGCUUAGUGUUAGAGCCUGUGUAUUUGGGGCAUUGAAGAGGCAGUAACUCAGAAAUAUGCUUAGCUUACAUCUCGUUCUAUAAACCAGUACUUCUGUCCAUGGAUGAGUAUUUUUAACUAAUCUGAUAUUAAAUCAUAUUUUUGCAAUUCAGUCAAAUUAACAAGAACAUAUGUAAAAGUACAGAUAAGAUAUAAAUCUGUAAUUCAUAUUUCAUAUGAUCUAAGCUGUAUUUUUAAAUUUAAAAUACAAUAGAGAUUCAGAAAGGCCCGUAUUUUUCUAAUGACUUCACCCUAUGUUAUGUUAUUGGGUUACAUAAAGCAAGGAAUCAUAUUUGUAUUAAGGGGCUAGGAAAGCUGUUAGUUUAUUAUAUUUGUACAUGAUUGCAGACAAGCCUAUGCCUGUUUAAAAGAAAAGAUGGAUACUAUUUAAGGUUAUAUUUAAUAUGCUUUUCUAUAAACAAGUUUGAAAUAUAGUUUACCUUAGUUGUCUUUACCUAUCAAGUAGCUUAGCCUUGUAUUUAUUUCUCAUUUGUGUGAACCUGGACCAUGACUUUGCUCUGUACUUUGGAUGGCCUAACCUACAUUAAUAUGUGCACAUUUUACAACUUUUUUUUCAGAAAUCAUAAUUACUUUAUUAAUAAACAGAUAAAGGAUA